AUGGCUACCGAGAAACCUACUUAUCGCAUCGCAUCCAUUCCCGGUGACGGCAUUGGCGAGGAAGUGGUGCGAGCAACCAUUGAAGUGGUCAACAAGCUCGCUCAGACGUUGAACACAUUCAACAUUGAAUUUACGCAUCUCCCAUGGGGCACUGAAUACUACAAGCAACAUGGUCGGUACGUGUCUGAAGGUUACUUGGACACUCUGCGGAAAUUCGACGCAGGCUUGUUUGGCUCUGUAGGACAUCCAGACGUGCCCGACCACGUCUCCUUAUGGGGCCUGCUACUAGCACUCCGCAGUCCAUUGCAACUAUAUGCCAACGUCCGUCCUGUGCGCACCUUUCCCGGAACCAAGUCACCUCUGACCACAGCUGUGAAUGGCAUCGAUUGGGUCCUUGUGCGAGAGAAUUCUGAGGGAGAGUACUGUGGUCAAGGUGGGCGCAGCCACACGGGUCAGCCAUGGGAAGCUGCGACAGAGGUGGCCAUCUUCACACGGGUUGGUGUCGAGAGGAUUAUGCGCUUUGCCUUCGAAACAGCACGCUCCAGACCACGUCGCCACCUGACCGUCGUCACCAAGAGUAAUGCCAUGCGCCAUGGAAUGGUCCUCUGGGAUGAGGUCGCUGAGGCGGUCGCGAAAGACUUCCCGGAUGUCACCUGGGAUAAGAUGUUGGUGGACGCCAUGACCCUCCGCAUGAUUUCGAAGCCGGAUUCGCUGGAUACUAUCGUGGGAACCAAUUUGCAUAUGGACAUUCUAUCUGACCUUGCAGCUGGUUUGGCUGGUUCCAUCGGUGUGGCACCAUCCAGCAACCUCGACCCUACCCGCAAGAACCCCUCGCUGUUCGAGCCGGUUCAUGGAAGUGCUUUCGAUAUCAUGGGUAAGGGCCUCGCCAAUCCGGUGGCUACCUUCUGGUCCGCUGCGGAGAUGCUCUCAUGGCUGGGUGAAAAAGAUGCUUCCAAAAAGUUGAUGGACUGUGUCGAAAAGGUGUGCGCUGCUGGGGUUUUGACACCGGAUCUCGGGGGUUCGGCGAAUACGCAGGGAGUUGUGGAUGCAGUUUGCAAAGAAAUUGAGCAGCAGUUGGCUUCAUCUUAA